CGGCCCAGGCGGGGUGCGAGUGGCGCAGUCGGAGCCCGCUGCGGCCCCUGAGGAAGCGAGGAGGCGGCGGUGUCGGCUGAGUCGGGCGGACCGGCGAGGCAGGGCCGCUGCUCCAGGCCCCGAAGGACUCAGGAGCUCGAUCUGCGGCAGCACCUCUCCCCCUCGGAGGCGGCGGGCGGAGGCGGCGGCGGGAGCGGUGGUGCCCCCCCGGGCACGGGGCCAUGUACAACGGGAUCGGGCUGCCGACGCCCCGGGGCAGCGGCACCAACGGCUACGUCCAGCGCAACCUGUCCCUGGUGCGGGGCCGCCGGGGUGAGCGGCCUGACUACAAGGGAGAGGAGGAACUGCGGCGCCUGGAGGCUGCCCUGGUGAAGCGGCCUAAUCCUGACAUCCUGGACCACGAGCGCAAGCGGCGCGUGGAGCUGCGAUGCCUCGAGCUGGAGGAGAUGAUGGAGGAGCAGGGGUACGAGGAACAGCAAAUUCAGGAAAAAGUGGCGACCUUUCGACUCAUGUUGCUGGAGAAGGAUGUGAACCCUGGGGGGAAGGAGGAGAACCCAGGGCAGAGGCCAGCGGUAACUGAGACUCACCAGUUGGCAGAAUUGAAUGAGAAGAAGAAUGAGCGACUCCGAGCUGCCUUUGGCAUCAGUGAUUCCUAUGUGGAUGGCAGCUCUUUUGAUCCCCAGCGUCGUGCUCGGGAAGCUAAACAACCAGCUCCUGAGCCUCCCAAACCUUACAGCCUUGUCCGGGAGUCUAGCAGUUCUCGUUCACCAACACCAAAGCAAAAGAAGAAGAAAAAGAAGAAAGAUAGAGGACGCAGGUCAGAGAGCAGCUCUCCUCGACGAGAGAGGAAGAAGAGUUCUAAGAAGAAGAAGCACAGGUCAGAAUCUGAAUCCAAGAAAAGGAAGCAUAGGUCUCCUACUCCGAAGAGCAAACGUAAAUCUAAGGACAAGAAGCGGAAGCGAUCUCGAAGUACAACUCCAGCCCCCAAGAGCCGACGGGCCCACCGUUCAACUUCUGCUGAUUCUGCUUCUUCUUCAGAUACUUCCCGCAGUCGGUCUCGAAGUGCUGCAGCUAAAACCCAUACAACUGCCUUGACUGGACGAAGUCCUUCACCUGCUUUGGGGCAUCGAGGGGAGGGAGAUGUACCUCCCAGGGAACCAGGUACUACCAGCAUAGGGCAGCCUAGUCCGGAGCCUUCUACAAAGCAGCCUAGCAGUCCCAGUGAAGACAAAGACAAGAAGGAGAAAUCUGCAGUUCGACCUAGUCCCUCUCCGGAAAGGAGCAACACAGGGCCAGAACCACCGGCUACCACUCUGCUCCUUGCUGAGCAACAUGGCGGCUCCCCACAACCCCUUGCAACAACCCCCUUAAGUCAGGAGCCAGUGAACCCCCCUUCUGAGGCUUCUCCAGCCCAGGGUCAUUCACCACCUAAAUCUCCUGAGAAACCUCCCCAAUCUUCUUCAGAGAGCUGCCCACCAUCCCCUCAACCUACCAAAGUUUCUCGGCAUGCCAGCUCUUCCCCUGAAAGCCCUAAACCAGCACCAGCUCCUGGGUCCCGCCGAGAGAGUUCUUCUCCUGCAUCCAAGAGUCGCUCUCAUGGCCGAGCAAAACGGGCUAAGUCACAUUCUCAUACUCCUUCCCGUAGGGUGGGGAGGUCCCGUAGUCCUACCACCAAUAAGAGGGGGCGGUCUCGGUCUCGAACCCCUACCAAGAGAGGUCAUUCUCGGUCCCGGUCACCUCAGUGGCGUAGGUCACGUUCUGCACAGAGGUGGGGACGAUCUAGAAGCCCCCAGCGACGUGGCCGCUCUAGGUCUCCUCAGCGACCAGGCUGGUCCAGGAGCAGAAAUACACAGAGAAGAGGCAGGUCUAGAUCAGCAAGACGAGGCAGGUCACACUCUAGAUCCCCUGCAACUCGGGGUAGAUCUCGUUCUAGAACACCUGCCCGGAGAGGCAGGUCUCGGUCUAGAACACCCGCCAGGCGGAGGUCACGCUCUAGGACACCUGCCAGGCGGAGGUCACGAUCAAGAACUCCCGCCCGGAGAGGCAGGUCUAGGUCUAGAACACCUGCAAGGCGCAGAUCUAGGACCCGAUCACCUGUACGACGGAGGUCUCGUAGUAGAUCACCAGCCAGGAGAAGUGGCAGGUCACGUUCCAGAACCCCAGCCAGGCGUGGGCGCUCACGCUCUAGAACACCAGCAAGACGAAGUGGGCGGUCACGCUCUAGAACACCAACUAGACGAAGUGGCCGGUCACGCUCUAGAACCCCAAACAGGAGAGGGAGAUCUCAGUCUAGGACACCAGCAAGACGGGGAAGAUCCCGUAGUAGAAGCCUAGUUAGACGGGGAAGAUCUCACUCUAGAACGCCACAAAGAAGGGGCAGGUCUGGCUCAUCAUCAGAGCGGAAGAACAAAUCCCGCACAUCACAGAGAAGGAGCAGGUCCAACUCAAGUCCAGAAAUGAAGAAAUCGCGGCUUUCUUCUAGGCGGAGCAGGUCUGUCUCUUCACCAAGGUCCAAAGCAAAAUCCCGUUUGUCUGUGAGGCGAAGCCUUUCAGAGUCCUCUCCGUGCCCAAAACAAAAGUCUCAGACACCACCAAGGCGCAGUCGUUCUGGAUCAUCCCAACACAAAGCUAAAUCUAGAACACCACUGAGACGAAGUCGCUCUGGUUCUUCUCCACCUGGUAAUCAGAAGUCUAAAACACCAUCAAGGCAAAGUCAUUCCAGUUCAUCUCCCCAACCUAAAGCGAAGUCUGGAACACCACCAAGGCAAGGGUCCGUAACAAGUCCCCAGGUAAAUGAAGAGUCUGCAACGCCACAGAGACGGAGCCGUUCUGAAUCAUCACCUGACCCUGAGGUGAAGUCUAGGACCCCUUCAAGACAUAGCUGCUCUGGGUCUUCUCCUUGUAGGGUGAAAUCUGGCACACCUCCAAGACGGAGCCGAUCUGGGUCGUCAUCUCCACAACCCAAAGUGAAGGCAAUAACAUCACCAGUCCAAAGCCAUUCUGGCUUCUCUUCUCCAAGUCCUAGUAGGAUGACAUCUAAAACACCUCCAAGGCAAAGCAGAUCAGUGUCUCCAUGCUCUAAGACAGAAUCUAGAUUGUUGCAAAGACACAGUCGUUCUAGAUCUUCCUCUCCAGAUACCAAAGUGAAACCUGGGACACCACCAAGACAGAGUCACUCAGGGUCUACUUCGCCGUGCCCCAAAGCAAAGCCCCAGACUCCACCAGGGCAUAAUCUUGGAUCAAAGUCCCCAUGUUCCCAAGAGAAGUCUAAAGAUUCACUAGCACAAAGUUGCUCUGAAUCCUUCUCCCUCUGUCCAGGAGGCAAGUCUAGCACGCCACCCUCAUUUCUGCAACAGAAAGGACAAUCUCCAACUUCACCAGACUCCAGAUCUGGUACUUCAAGCCCGGAAAUGAGACCAAGUCAUUCUGAAUCUCCCUAUCUGCAGAGCAAAUCUCAAACACCUCCUAAGGGCAGCUGCUCUAGGCCCUCAUCUCCAGUCGCUGAGCUGGCACCCAGAUCUCCAACAAGAGGUGAAUUGUCAGCAAGUCCUAGGCUGAAGUCUGAAAUAUCUCCAGAACAGAGCAAGUCCCAGUCCGACUCUUUCUCAUAUCCUGCCAUAGACUCUAAAUCUCUUCGGGGACAGAGCAGAUUAGAGCCUUCUGAAUCAAAAGAAAAAACUGGCUUAUUCCUGCAAGAGGAUGUUAGUGCAUCACCUCCAAGACCAAGAGACAAAUUGAGUCCUCCUCCAGUGCAGAAUAGGCCUGAGUCCUCACCAGUACUCAGAGAUACCCCUAGAACUCCAUCAAGGGAAAAAGGUGGUGUUAGGUCAUCUCCAGAUAUAAAAGACCAAAGUUCUGCAUUAGUUAAGCCAAGCCAAGAUGAAGAAUUAAUGGAGGUAGUAGAGAAAGCUGAAGAAUCAUCAAACCAAGUCCUGCCGCAUUUGUCUCCAGAACUUAAAGAAGCUGCUGGAAGUAAUGUUGAAUCAUCUCCAGAAACAGAAAGGCCUGCUGUACCUUUGACUCUUGACCAAAGCCAGUUGCAGGGUUCUUCGGAAGAAGUCCCUGCAAUGGCCUCAGCUUGGAGCGGGCCACACUUUUCUCCAGAACAUAAAGAACUGUCAAACUCUCCCCCCAGGGAGAAUAGCUUUGGAUCACCUUUAGAAUUUAGAAACUCAGGAGGCCCUGUUGCAGAAAUGAAUACUGGAUUUUCUCCUGAGGGUAAAGAUUUGAAUGGACCUUUUCCUAAUCAGCUAGAGACAGAUCCAUCUCUAGAUGUGAAAGAACAAUCAACAAGGUCCUCCAGACACAGCAGCUCUGAGUUAUCCCCAGAUGUGGUGGAAAAAGCAGGAAUGUCUUCAAACCAGAGUGUGUCUUCACCAGUACUUGAUGCUAUACCCAGAACACCUUCAAGGGAAAGAAGUAGUUCUGCGUCUUCUCCUGAACUGAAAGAUGGCUUACCCAGAACUCCCUCAAGGAGAAGCAGGUCUGGGUCUUCCCCAGGACUUAGAGAUGGAUCUGGGACUCCCUCCAGGCACAGCCUAUCUGGGUCAUCUCCCGGAAUGAAAGAUAUACCUAGAACACCAUCCAGGGGGAGAAGUGAAUGUGAUUCCUCUCCAGAACCAAAAGCUUUGCCUCAGACCCCUAGGCCAAGGAGUCGUUCUCCAUCUUCCCCGGAGCUCAACAAUAAGUGUCUUACCCCCCAGAGAGAGAGAAGUGGGUCAGAGUCAUCAGUUGAACAGAAGACUGUGGCUAGGACACCUCUUGGGCAGAGACGUCGGUCUGGAUCUUCUCAGGAACUCGAUGGGAAACCCAGUGCAUCCCCUCAGGAGAGAAGUGAGUCAGACUCUUCUCCAGAUUCUAAAGCUAAUACACGAAUGCCACUCAGGCAGAGGAGUCACUCUGGAUCUUCUCCGGAGGUGGACAGCAAAUCCCGGCCUUCUCGGCGUAGUAGGUCUGGCUCAUCCCCUGAGGUUAAAGAGAAGCCAAGAGCAGCACCCAGGGCACAGAGUGGUUCUGAUUCCUCUCCUGAACCCAAGGCUCCUGCCCCUCGAGUCCUUCCAAGACGAAGCAGAUCAGGUUCAUCAAGCAAAGGCAGAGGCCCUUCUCCUGAAGGAAGCAGCAGUUCCGAGUCCUCUCCAGAACACCCUCCCAAAUCCAGAACUGCUAGAAGAAGCUCUCGGUCAUCACCAGAGCCCAAGACUAAGUCUCAUACUCCGCCGCGCCGUCGCAGCUCCCGGUCAUCUCCUGAGCUGACUAGGAAGGCCCGGCUCUCCCGUAGGAGCCGUUCUGCGUCAUCUUCACCAGAGACCCGCUCUAGAACUCCCCCAAGACGCCGAAGAAGUCCCUCAGUAUCUUCCCCAGAGCCGGCUGAAAAGUCGAGAUCCUCACGCCGGCGGCGUUCAGCAUCUUCUCCACGCACUAAGACAACUUCAAGGAGAGGCCGUUCUCCUUCACCAAAGCCUCGUGGGCUCCAGAGGUCCCGUUCCCGCUCGAGGAGGGAGAAAACCAGGGCCACCCGACGUCGGGAUAGGUCUGGAUCAUCUCAGUCAACCUCUCGGAGAAGACAGCGGAGCCGGUCGAGGUCUCGGGUUACUCGCCGUCGGAGGGGAGGCUCUGGUUACCAUUCAAGAUCUCCUGCUCGGCAGGAGAGUUCCAGAACCUCCUCUCGACGUCGCAGAGGUCGCUCUCGGACGCCCCCAACCAGUCGGAAGCGUUCCCGCUCACGCACAUCACCAGCACCGUGGAAACGCUCCAGGUCUCGGGCUUCUCCAGCUACCCACCGGCGAUCCAGGUCCAGAACACCCCUGGUUAGCCGACGGAGGUCCAGGUCUCGAACCUCACCAGUCAGUCGGAGACGAUCCAGGUCUCGGACAUCAGUGACUAGACGAAGAUCCCGAUCAAGAGCUUCGCCUGUGAGUCGAAGGCGAUCUAGGUCCAGAACACCACCAGUAACCCGCCGACGUUCAAGGUCCAGGACACCGACCCGCCGGCGUUCUCGUUCUAGAACGCCACCAGUGACUCGAAGAAGGUCCAGAUCUAGGACUCCACCAGUAACCAGAAGGCGAUCUCGAAGCCGAACCUCCCCUAUCCCUCGCAGAAGAUCGAGAUCCAGAACAUCCCCAGUCACCCGAAGGAGAUCACGAUCUCGCACUUCUCCAGUAACUCGAAGGAGGUCUCGCUCUCGAACCUCUCCAGUGACACGCCGCCGAUCUAGGUCCCGAACUCCUCCAGCUAUUCGGCGCCGCUCCAGGUCUCGAACCCCAUUGCUGCCACGCAAGCGCUCUCGAAGUCGCUCGCCACUUGCUAUUCGCCGCCGUUCCCGAUCCCGUACUCCGCGAACAACUCGGGGCAAACGGUCCUUAACAAGAUCUCCUCCGGCCAUCCGCAGACGUUCUGCCUCUGGAAGCAGUUCCGAUCGAUCACGUUCUGCUACUCCUCCAGCAACAAGAAACCAUUCUGGUUCUCGGACACCUCCUGUAGCUCUCAAUAGCUCCAGAAUGGGCUGCUUCAGCCGUCCUAGCAUGUCACCAACUCCUCUUGACCGCUGUAGGUCACCUGGAGUACUUGAGCCCCUCGGCAGCUCCAGAACACCCAUGUCUGUCCUGCAGCAAGCUGGCGGUUCCAUGAUGGAUGGUCCAGGUCCCCGAAUUCCUGAUCACCCAAGAGCAUCUGUACCUGAAAACCAUGCUCAGUCAAGAAUUGCACUUGCUCUGACGGCCAUCAGCCUUGGCACCGCUCGGCCUCCUCCGUCCAUGUCUGCAGCUGGCCUUGCUGCGAGAAUGUCCCAGGUUCCAGCUCCAGUGCCUCUCAUGAGUCUCCGAACGGCCCCUGCGGCCAGUCUUGCCAGCAGAAUCCCUGCAGCCUCUGCAGCAGCCAUGAACCUGGCCAGCGCCAGGACACCUGCCCUCCCCUCAGCAGUCAACCUGGCUGACUCCAGAACACCAGCUGCUGCAGCAGCCAUGAACUUGGCCAGCCCCAGAACAGCGGUGGCACCUUCGGCUGUGAACCUCGCUGACCCUCGUACUCCCACAGCCCCAGCUGUGAACCUAGCAGGAGCCAGAACCCCCGCUGCUUUGGCAGCUCUGAGUCUCACGGGUUCUGGCACAGCUCCGACUGCUGCAAACUAUCCGUCCAGUUCCAGAGCACCCCAGGCUCCAGCCCCUGCAAACCUGGUGGGUCCUAGGUCUGCACAUGCCACAGCACCUGUGAAUAUCGCCAGCUCAAGAACCCCUCCAGCCUUGGCCCCUGCAAACCUCACUAGUGCUAGAAUGACUCCAGCCUUGUCUGGUGCAAACCUCACCAGCCCCAGGGUGCCCCUCUCUGCUUAUGAGCGUGUUAGUGGGAGAACCUCACCACCACUCCUUGACCGAGCCAGGUCCAGAACCCCACCAGGGGGCCCAGGCUCCAGAACCCCGCCAUCUGCCCCAAGCCAAUCUAGAGUGACCUCUGAGCGGGCUCCCUCUCCUGCUUCUAGAAUGGUCCAGGCUCCUUCACAGUCUGCUCUUCCUCCAGCUCAGGAUCGGCCUAGGUCCCCUGGGCCAUCUGCUUUUUCUGACCAAUCUCGAUCUUUGCUUGCCCAGACCGCCCCUGUAGCAGGGUCUCAGUCCCUUUCCUCCGGGACGGUGGCAAAGACCACGUCCUCUGCUUGUGACCACAAUGGCAUGCUCUCUGGCCCUGUCCCCGGGGUGUCCCACUCAGAGGGCGGGGAACCACCCGCCUGUGCGGGGGCCCAGCAGCCUUCCACACUGGCUGCCCUGCAGCCAGCCAAGGAGCGGCGGAGUUCCUCAUCCUCCUCGUCCUCCAGCUCCUCGUCCUCCUCGUCGUCGUCCUCAUCCUCGUCCUCCUCCUCCUCUGGCUCCAGCUCUAGUGACUCGGAGGGCUCUAGCCUUCCUGCGCAACCUGAGGUAGCACUGAAGAGAGGACAGAACUAGAGGAAAUGGACUUAAUUUUACAGCAGGAGGGAUGGCAGUUAGACCUCAAGAGGAACUCCCUGGGCUGGAAGGAUCUUCAGAGGGUCCCCAGCCCUGCCCCAGCCCCCAAGGAGGCUGUUCGAGAGGGCCGUCCUCAGGAGCCAGCCCCAGCCAAGCGGAAGAGGCGUUCUAGCAGCUCCAGUUCCAGCUCCUCCUCCUCCUCUUCCUCCUCCUCCUCCUCCU